AUGUCUAAUACCGGCCAUGUACCCACUGGUACAGAUGUCAAGACGUCCAAGGUGGACUUGGAUACGAUCCUGAUAAGGGAAUUGGGACAAUUCGGGUUGUUUCAAUUGAAGACCCUGCUGCUGGCUGUGAUCAUGGUCAUAUUCGCGUCGUGGGGCGCCAACGAAUAUAUAUUCACUACUUCUAGAAUAAAUACGAGAUGUCUGAUCCCGGAAUGCGAUGCAGAGGAACCCGUGUUUGCUCCCUCCUGGAUCCUGGACGCUGUUCCGGACACCACCUCUAGCUGCCAGCGGUUCGGGAACAGAACUGAAAUACCUCCCCGGGACACCUGUCCGGCGGAACUCUUCGACAGGGACGUGCUCCUCGAUUGCGAGGAACGAGUCUAUGAGAACACUCUGUCUGUAGUUUAUGAUUAUGAUCUCGGCUGCGAGGAGUGGCUGCGCUCCCUGAUCGGUUCGAUCCGCACGGUGGGCACCCUGACCGCCCUGCCCAUCACCGGGUUCGUGUCCGACCGGUGGGGCAGACGCACCGCCCUCACCCUCAACGCCUUCAACACGGCCUGGCUGGGCGUGCUUCGCUACUUCGCAGACACCUACGUUGGCUUCGUCAUAUCCGAGUUCGUUGAAGCUACUUUUGGUUCAGCUGGAUUUUCCUGCGCUUAUAUAUUGCUGAUGGAAAUCGUGGGCCCAAAUUUCCGUGUGGCUGCCGGCGCGACUAUGAAUACCUUCUUUUCUGUGGGCCAAAUUACAUUGGGUCUUAUAGCAUGGGGCGUCCCAAAUUGGCGACAGCUGACCUUAGUUCUCUAUGUACCGAUGCUGUGGACAUUAUGCUAUUUCUGGAUAAUGGCGGAAUCCGUCCGAUGGUACAUGAGCAAAGGUCGCUACGCAGAAUCCGAAACAGUCCUAAAAGAAAUCGCAAAAGUGAAUGGCAAGAAACUGUCAGAGCAGUCUCUAGAAGCAUUAAGAGCUACAAACGAAGCAGAGAAAAAGAGAGCGCAAGACGAAAGUUUGGAAAAAAAGAACGAGCCGUGGCUAAUUGUGCUGGUGUUCCGGCACAAGCAGAUCCUGAUUCGAUGCUUGGUGUCACCGAUUUGGUGGAUAACUAACACGUUCAUCUACUACGGAUUGUCAAUCAAUGCCGUGAAUCUAUCCGGUAACAGAUAUCUAAAUUACGUAGCCGUGUCCGCUGCACAGAUACCCGGGUAUUGGACUGCUGUGAUACUUUUGGAUCUCAUUGGGAGGAAGCCAGUGCUUAUAAUAGCCUUUUGGGUUUGUGCCGCGUGUCAAAUUGGAUAUAUCUUUAUGCCUGAAGAUCAAUAUGCAGCAUCAUUGGCGCUGUACCUGAUUGGUACAUAUUGCAUCGCAAUGGUCAUGACGUCGGUGUAUGUGUACACUGCAGAAUUGUACCCCACCAAGUACCGACACAGUCUCUUCGCCUUCUCAUCUAUGAUGGGCAGAAUUGGCUCCAUACUGGCACCACUGACUCCUGCGCUGGGUAGAGCAGUCUGGGAUCAGCUGCCGUUCGUACUAUUUGCCAGUUUUGCUUUCCUCUCUGGGUGUUUGAUAUUCAUCACACCAGAGACCCAUGGUUCCAAGUUCCCAGACACGAUGGAAGAAGCUUCCAACAUUGGUAAGAAGCAAAGAAACCCGUAA